GGGAGGUUAGGUAUGCAAGCUAUCCGGGUCUGUCGAUGGUAUACCAUUGCCUAGCUAGCUACCUCCUAGGAGGUACCAGAAUGUGCAUCAUGGCAGCAACCGCUGUCGUUCGCUUCUUGCUUCUUCCCAAGUGAUAAGCCAUGUCCUCUUCGCCUGGGGCACUUUCCGCCGAACUUGUGGUUGCCCACCCACAGCAUCGAUGCUUGGAAUGCAGAUGAGAGUACCUGCAUCUUGGCUCACUUCCACUGGUUUUCAGUACUGACUGGUACAUGUACCUACGACGCUUUUGUGAUCCUACACGUAGUAGUCCAAAAGACUAUUUCACCCUUGCACCGCAGUCAUGACUACUUCAACGACCCCACCAAGCGCAGUAAAACGCGUCUUCGAAACUGUCGAGCUUCUGGAAACGGUCCUCGUACAAUUGAGCUCAAAGGAUCUACUCCUCAGUCAACGAACAGCACGCUGCUUCCACGCGACGACCCAAGGCUCAAUUACCCUUCGCAGAAAGCUGUUCCUCGAGCCCGACCUGAAGCUGGAAGGUAGACUCUUCAAUUCUCACGAGACAUCUCACGGUAGUGUGAAGAGACCGAGCUGCAAACCAGAGAACAAUCGACUUCUACUUCGCGCAUUCCCGGGAUGCUAUCCAACAAUCACGCUGGUCAUUAUGAGCGACAGUACUGGAGUCCGGGCUGGUCACGACACUUCAAGUCCAGAUGCGGAUAGUGGCGAGAGAAAGAGGAGGAACGAACACUGGAGCUGGGAUGUCUGUAUUUCAUUCCCUGCUGACGAUAAGCCUUCUGUCCCUGAAGCUGUGGAAUAUCCUGAAGCUAGCUGGCGGCAGAUGUACCUUUGCCAACCGCCUUGUGCAGAUUUGUAUCUCGUUCGGCGAUGGCAGAAGGGAUUGAAGCCAGCAAUUAUCAGGGAUGGUGGGAUCAAGAUGGGCGACUUCGUUGAAGAGGCCACCAAAGCAGUGCCCGAAUGCGAUGGAAGAACCUGGUAAGACCAAACAGAUAUGAAGUCUGACAUGUUGGGACGUCCCACUGAUCAUGUCCAUCACUCCUGCAGGCAUUCCAGCUACAUCAGCUCCGAUCGCGAUUGGCACUUUGAAGGCAACAUCAAGUGCGGCUCUGUGGAGGCGUAGGGACCCUACAGGUAUCCAUGGCACAUGUCGUACUUAUGAUGCUGAAGAGUGCUUCCACAGAUCGUCACCUGAGAUCACCAAGAAGACGACGACGAUGGCAUUGCUGAACGAGUAUGCGCACUCGCAGUCUCUAGGCGGUGGUACAGUUUCGGCGUGGUCUCACGACUGGAAUCCUGGACAUGCGGUAGAGUUCUCGAUGAGCACAAGAGCUGCGCCAUACUUGAUCGACAAGUAUCGAGGCUGACGGGUUGAUAGUGGCUCGUGAGUCGGCGGUGGAGUGAAAUGCUGCUCUCGAAGGCGUAUGGUGGGCGUGGGAAAGCCUUCUGAGCUCCUAGGUCGUCUUGAGGAUGUGAUCCUGAUGGCCAUAUAAAAGGUAUCUCCAUGUGCAAAACGCGCAGCAUAUCCCUACUUCUUCCGCAAAUCUUCACUGCCAUCAUUUCUCGUGAAGACCUCAUACUCGGUGCCCUCCUCAAUCUUCUUCUUCUCCGUCUCAUCAAAAGUGCCCUUGCCAGCGUACAGCAUCGGCGCCUUGCCCGAACCUUCCAGCUCCGUACUCGUUGAAAUGGGCCUGUUGCCUCUGAAGCGUUUCCGCAUAUCAAUCAUGCCGCGUUUGCAUUGACCGUAUCCGUGUUUCAGUUGUUGGCAUUGCGUAGGUAGAGUGUCCACAAGCGGAGGUCGGAGGCAAUCGGCAGGAGUAUUACGAUGGAUCAUCACGCAGUCGCUGUUUUGGAGACAUUGCGCAAGUGCGGCUCGUAUGUCUGUGCAGGUGGCUGGCAUGGCGGUAUUGUGUAUUGCGUGUUUUGUCGAGGGUCGGUCUGUACUUCACUGCUGC